UAUUCACCAUUGUGUUCAUCUCUCUUCUUUGUAUAAUUGGACUUUCGCCUAUUUGGAUUCCAUUUGCUGGAUUUUUUAUUUCAUUUAAAAUAAUGGGCACCUUUCAAACAUCUGUCAAUCCACCUGAAAUGCUUCAAACCCUCCUCGCGUAUGAGAAAAAGCCUGGUCAAGCGCAAAAGUUUCUUGCUUGCAUGGGAAAGAACUUCAGGUGGCCCUCCUCGAUGCCGGAAUAUCUUAGAAGGAGUGCCUUCGAAAACAUCGCUGAUGUUGAGUUCGAAUUCGAUAAUGAGGUUGGGUAUAACCUAUUAUUUUUCUACAACGCACUUGACAAAAGUGAAUUUGCUGGACAUGAAAGUGAGUGGGUGACGAUACACAAACAGAGGGUAAUAGAGUAUAGGCAGAGGUAUGAUGAUGAUAAAUUGAAUUACAUUCUCGAAACUAUGCCUGGUACUGUCCAAGUCCCAGUUGAUCAGACACGUCUGUCAUGUAAUCCACCAGCAAAGAUGGUGAUUGUUCAGCGUACUGACAAUGGAGACGACUACAAGGUGGAACAUGCUCUCAUUGGUAAUGACGUUACAGAUCAACUAGCAUAUGUACAUGAACCAGGGAAUCCGUUAAAAUUUUUAGAUGUU